AUGACGUCGCGCAUCAGCGGCAUGUUCGGUCGCAAAGAAGACUCCAGCAGAGAGUCUUCCCGCGACGACCAGAAGGCCACGAACGGCGCGACCGCGCGGCCCACUCAACCCUCGCGACAGGCCUCCGUCACCAAAGCGAACGCCGCGUCCACUCCCUACCGAAGAUUCUGGACCAACGACGAUGCAACGCACGAGCACCACCUCAAGGUCGCAAAGCGACAGGAGAAGCUGUCCGACAUGUUCCAGAACCUGAUGUUGGGAAAGAAGAAGGAAGGCCACAACGACGAACAGCCUCUGAGUCUCAUGUCCAACUGGGUUGACGUCAUGCGGAACGAGAAGGAAAAGCUCGCGGAACAGAAGAAUUCCGCCAACAACACCUCCCAGACUCUGGUGCAGAAGUAUGGCAAGUGCCAAGAGGUCGUCGGUCGCGGUGCCUUUGGUAUCGUGCGUGUCGCGCACAAGACGGACGCCAAGGACCCUAAGAGGGAGCAAUUGUACGCCGUCAAGGAGUUCAAGCAGCGACCCGGCGAGUCCGCGAAGAAGUACCAGAAGCGCCUCACGGCCGAGUUCUGCAUUUCUUCGUCCAUGCAGCACCCCAACGUCAUCAACACUCUGGAUCUCCUGCAGGACGACAAGGGUGUCUACUGCGAGGUCAUGGAGUACUGUUCCGGUGGCGAUCUCUACACUCUCGUCCUCGCCGCGGGCCAGCUCGAAGUGGUCGAGGCCGACUGCUUCUUCAAGCAGCUCAUGCGAGGCGUCGAGUACAUGCAUGAGAUGGGUGUCGCGCAUCGCGAUCUGAAGCCCGAGAAUCUGCUCCUCACCCAGCACGGAUCCAUCAAGAUCACCGAUUUCGGUAAUGGAGAGUGCUUCCGCAUGGCGUGGGAGAAGGAAGCUCACAUGACCGCUGGCCUCUGUGGUUCCGCUCCGUACAUCGCUCCCGAGGAGUAUGUCGACAAGGAGUUCGACCCCCGUGCGGUAGACGUGUGGGCUUGCGGUAUCAUCUACAUGGCCAUGCGAACUGGCCGCCAUCUCUGGCGCGUCGCCCAGAAGGGCGAGGAUGAAUUCUUCGAUCGGUACCUGGAGGACCGCAAAGAAGAAGCCGGCUACAGGCCGAUCGAGGUUUUGAGAAGGCGCCAAUGCCGUAAUGUGAUCUAUUCGAUAUUGGACCCCAACCCUACUCGCCGCCUCACGGCCCACCAAGUUCUCUUCUCGGAAUGGGUCAAGGAGAUCAAGGUCUGCCGCGCGGGCGACGAAGGAUUCUAG